AUGAGUAGAUUAAAUUUAAUAAGCACAAAAGAAGUGUCUGAAAUUGUUAGCUGGUACACUCAUGUUUGUGCUGGAACUAUGCAAGGAUAUCGUACCACGGAAGAAGAUGUAACUGUUAUUUUAGCGUCUCUUAAAAAUUUUCCAUCAUGCAGAAUGUGUACUAUAUUUGAUGGCCAUAUAGGAAAAGAAACUGCUUUAUAUUGUGCACGAAAUAUAGCUAAUUUUAUCGGUAACUGUGAAUCUUUAGAUUCUCAUAAUAUAGUAAACGCUUGCAUUCAGAUGGACAACGAAAUUUUAAAUAGUAAUUUUGCUAAUAGCGGGUCAACAGCAAUCAUUGCUAUAAUUGAAAAAAUUGUGCACGAAGAUUUCUUUAAACUUUAUAUAUGUAACUUAGGAGAUUCACGUGCGAUGCUAAUAAAAAAUGACGGUUCAUUUGUUUCACUGAGUGAAGAUCAUAAGCCUUAUAAUAAAAAAGAAAAAGAAAGAAUUAAUAAAAUUGGAGGAUUUGUUGAAAAUGGUAGAAUACUUGGAUAUAUAGGCGUGUCUAGAUCAUUCGGAGAUAAAAAUUAUAAAAAAAACUGCAAUUUUCCAUAUAAUCCAUAUGAAACAAUGAUAACUUGUAUACCAGAUAUAAAAAUAUUUUAUGCAAACUAUGAUGAUAUUCUAUUUUUAGGAUGUGAUGGAAUAUUUGAAACGUUGUCAUGGAAUGAUGUAGCUAAAUUUAGUUAUAAAUGUAUUAAUGGAUAUACAUUAAGUGAUGCUGUAAUAAACAUUUUAGAUUAUGCCUUAUUAUCAGGUUCUAAAGAUAAUAUAACUAUUCAAAUAAUUAAAUUUUUUAAUGAAAAGAUGGACAAUUUUUAUUUUAGAGAAAAAUUGGUACCAAGCAUUUACAUACAUAAUGAGGAGAUAACAAAAUAUGAAUUUUAUGGAAAUUUUCUGAAUAAGUAUCAUAUAAAUGAUAAGAACAUUAUAAACAACUUAGUAGAAAGUUGUGCUGAAAUUAAGGGUAAAUACUGUUCUAUAGAACCAUUUCUAAAAAAAAUUAGAGAAAAUAAAAAUGUUCAUAUCAUAUUAAAUAGAAGGAACAAAAAAAAUAUAAAACAUUUGACUCUACCUAUCCUUCAAGAAGAUCUUAUAACAAACAAUGUUUUUAAUAAAAUGAAUCAAACCGAUUUUAAUAAGAUGAUUGAAUUUUUUAUAGAAUAUGAUAGAAAAAAAAUGUUGAAUUAA